ACUCGAAGAGUUAAGAGAGGCGACAAAAGCCGGUCUCUCCGCCAAAAAAAUCGAAAACGGGGGGGUAGAAAAGGCAAAAACUGCAGUGUUCCCCCACCCGAACAUUAUCUCUUUUUCUCUUGCAAAACAAUUUACCGUUUCCAUUAAACCCACCUUUGCUUUCAGGAAUAGUUAAGAAUUAGACUGAGAAAUGGCUGCCCAAAUUGUCAAAGAAUGGUCAGGGAUUAAUUCAUUUGCACCUGCCACUCAGACCAAGUUGCUCGAAUUGCUGGGAAAACUCAAGCAGGAGAAUGUGAACACAUUGACGAUACUUGUCAUGGGAAAAGGUGGAGUUGGAAAAUCGUCUACUGUGAACUCAAUCGUUGGGGAAAGGGUAGUCACCAUUAGUCCUUUUCAGUCUGAAGGCUUAAGACCGGUGAUGAUUUCACGCUCAAGAGCGGGUUUUACGUUGAACAUUAUUGAUACUCCUGGGCUCAUAGAAGGGGGAUAUAUCAAUGAUAUCGCGCUUAAUAAUAUCAAGAGCUUUCUUCUGAAUAAGAUAAUAGACGUCCUACUCUAUGUGGAUCGGUUAGACGCAUACAGAGUUGAUAACUUGGACAAGGAGGUUGUGAGUGCCAUUGCCAACAGUUUUGGCAAACGAAUCUGGAAUCGAGCUUUAGUUGUCCUUACACAUGCUCAGCUUUCACCACCAGAUGGCUUGCCUUAUGAUGAGUUCUUCUCGAAAAGAUCCGAGGCUCUUUUGAAAGUUGUUCGCUCUGGUGCGGGGUUAAAGAAACAUGAUGUGCAAGGUUCUUCAAUUCCUGUGGUUUUGGUUGAGAACAGUGGAAGGUGUAAUAAGAAUGAGAGUGAUGAAAAGGUUCUUCCGAAUGGAAUUGCUUGGAUUUCUUAUUUAGUUGAAAAAAUCACGGUAGUGGCGUUGAAUGGAAGCAAGUCUAUUUUUGUUGAUACGAAGUUGAUUGAAGGGCCAAACCCCAAUGAGAGGGGGAAGGCCUUCAUUCCUCUGAUUUUAUUAAUCCAAUUCUUCUUUGCCAUUAAACCAAUUGAGCGGGCAAUCAGGACGGAUAUUGCAAGGGAGAGCAGACCUGCAUGGGAGAUGCGGGAUGCAAGCUUGGCCAGCCGCAAGUUCUGAUUUGGCUUAGUAUUUAGUUGUAUUAUGGAUGUAUGCCUUGAUGCAGUUUUUCCUCUGUUCAUGUUUUAUCUACCCGUUGCAAGUAGUUGUUCCAAUAUUCUGCAGUAGCGAUAAUCUACGGCAGUGAAUUGUUUUAGCUUUUGGAGAGAACUGGAUUUGUUGUUUGGCUUAUGUUCUUCUGUUGGAUCAUCGAUUUUGCUAAUAAUAUAGUAGGUAUUUCUUCUGUUCAA